UAGGGGUAAAUAUAAUAUACAUGUUGCGAAAUCAUUCUCAAGUUUAAGAAAGCAGAGCUCAAAUUGGAAUAUAUUUUGGAAUAUUAUGAAGUGGAGAAAUAUUAUCUUCAGUUGUAUUGCAGUUCUAUAAUUGCCAUUCCUAUCUUACAAACUAAAGGUCGUUAUUUUUCCACCCCCGGGUGAAUGGUGUUAAACGACGCGCUAACCUGAGACAUGGAGGGAUAAAUGUUUUGUUUUGAAAUCAAACAUUCAGAAGUCAUACUCUUUGAAUUUAACCGUAAAUCGGCUCCAAAUACAAUCCUAACCCACGAGGAACAAUGAGCAAUAUUUACAUUCAAGAGCCGCCGACGGACGGGAAGGUCCUGCUGAAGACCAGUGCCGGUGAAAUCGAUAUUGAGUUGUGGGCAAAGGAGACUCCAAAAGCAUGCAGGAACUUUGUGCAGCUCUGCAUGGAAGGGUACUAUGAUGGCACGAUAUUCCACCGAGUGGUGCCCGAGUUUAUCGUUCAGGGUGGCGACCCUACUGGAACAGGGGAGGGAGGCGAGUCCAUCUAUGGCCAGCCGUUUAAGGACGAGUUCCACUCCAGGCUUCGCUUCAUCAGAAGAGGCUUGGUUGCCAUGGCAAACUCUGGUCCUCAUGACAACGGCAGCCAGUUUUUCUUCACCUUGGGACGCGCCGACGAACUCAACAACAAACACACUAUCUUUGGGAAGGUGACUGGAGACACGAUCUAUAACCUGCUCAGAUUAGCAGAAGUGGCCUGCGACCAAAAUGAGCGACCCCUCAAUCCCCACAAGAUCAGGAGCACUGAGGUUUUACAUUGUCCCUUUGAUGACAUCAUUCCUCGGGAAACAAAGAAAUCCAAAAAGGAAAAAGAGAAAGAUGAACCAAAAAAAUCGCAGUCCAAAGCGACAAAGAACUUCAGUCUGCUCUCUUUUGGAGAAGAAGCUGAGGAGGACGAGGAGAUGGAGACUCAAGCAAGUCAGACACUGAAAGGGAAAAGCAAAAGCAGUCAUGACCUCUUGAAAGAUGACCCUAGUCUGAGCUCCGUCCCAGCCUUGGACAAGAAGAAGAAGAAGAAGUCUGGAGAGGGAGGCGAUGAUGAUGAUGGUGAUGAAGAGGACUCUGAAGAUGAUGAAGAGAGACAGAAGUUGAGAGAACUCAUCAGUCAAAAGCUGAAGAAGGAGAAAGCAGACAAGGUGGCCGAAGUGGACGACGAGGAACGAGGGAAGAAGUCCAACCGCAGUGAUGAAUUGCGGAAAGAGGCUCGGCAGUUGAAGAAGGAACUUCAGGCCAUAAAGCAGAGGAAAGAAGAAAGCUCCAAACCAGCGGCUGAAGAAGAGAAGGAGGAGAAGAAACCCACCAGUGAGGCGGUGGCCGAGUACCUCGAGGGCAGAAAGAAGUACGAGGAACUGAGGACCAAGAAGUCCAAGAAAGGCACCAACAGAGAGGCGCAGACCAUGGCUCUUCUGGAUCGCUUCAAGUCCAAGCUGUCGUCAGCCAUCUCAGAACAUCCAGAGGGGGAGCCGGAAGAGGAGGAACUGGGAGAGGACGACGACAAAGGCUGGAUGGCCCACGUUCUGCAGUUUGAUGAGCAAACCAGAAAAGUCAAGGAUGCCAACAUGCAGGACGAGGACACGUUCGAGAUCUACGACCCGCGGAACCCCGUCAACAAGCGGCGCAGAGAGGAGAGCAAGAAGAUCAUGAAGGAGAAGAAGGCCAAGAGGUGAGGUCGCGGGGUCGGAGGUCGCGUCCAUGCGAAGAAGAAGUGGUCAUUCAGCAUCCUGCCUGUCACUUCUCCGCCACUUCAAACCUGCUGCGGGGAACAUCUGGACUGUGAUUGAGAGCCGGCCGUCCCUGUAAUCGGCUGGAAAGUCUCCUUCAGUGGGAACAUCUGCAGCCAGAAGAGUUAUCAUCGUUUGAUUCUGUCAGCUGCGCCUCAGUCCAAGACGUCUGGAGCUUCAGUCAGACUCAAAUAAAUCCUCUGCUCCCCGACGUCUGUUGUCUUUGCUUCAGCGAUUCCUCCGGAGGUCGACCUGCUUAGCACCAACACGGGGAGAUAACGUUUCAUCAAAGCCUUCCAGGUCAUCGCGUUUCUCUUUCAUUUUCAGUGUCGUGCUUUUGAGCCCGCGCUGUGACGGCCACACAGGCACGUCUCUUCUGGUUGGCUCACGGGAAGAUCAGGAGGUGGAGGGUUUGAAUCCAUGUGUGGUCACCAACCAGUGAAGAUUUGAAAAUAAAUCCAAAAGUGAUUCGGAAUUGAAUUGUAGGAAUCUUUUAAAAAUGUAUAAUUAAACACAAUUUUCUAUUUUUGGAGUUGAACAUUUGGUCUUGGUGAAAAAUAUUAAACUAGUGUUAAAGUAAAAUAGC